AUGGCGGGUGGUCUCGUCAAGUACCGGCAUUUGAGCCGCAAAUCGUCCGCCAGACAAGCUCUGCUGCGCGGCCUCGUCACGCAGCUCGUCCAAUAUGAACACAUCCAGACCACAUACGCAAAGGCCAAGGAGACGCAGCGCCUGGCGGACAAGCUAAUAACGCUGGCCAAGAGGAACAAUGAGCCGUGCAGGAGAUCAGCGCAGGGUAUUCUUUAUACCCCCGAUAGGCUCCUACCCAAGCUCUUUGGCGAACUCCGAAGUCGAUACCUGGCCCGCGAAGGCGGCUACACGCGCGUCGUCCGCACCGAGUCCAAGAACACAUACGACCAGGGCGAGAGCGCAAUCCUCGAAUUCGUCGACGGCAAGAAGGACUCGCGCUUCAUGAUGACGGCCAAGACGCUCGCGCGGGACCGCCUGCUGGGACGGCAGUCGACGCCGGUUACUCUUCAAAACGUGAAGAAGGUGACCAAGUUCCGGGACGAGCAUGAGCUGGAGGAGAUGGUGCAGAAGUUUAUGAUC